CAUCCGCCAUGGCUAUCCAAAAGAAGCACGGCAAGGGCCGUCUUGACAAAUGGUACAAGCUCGCCAAGGAGAAGGGCUACCGCGCCCGCGCCGCCUUCAAACUCAUCCAGUUGAACAAGAAGUACAACUUCUUGGAGAAGAGCAAGGUCUUGAUUGAUCUUUGCGCCGCGCCAGGAUCAUGGUGUCAAGUCGCUGCCGAGGUCAUGCCUCCCAACAGCCUCAUCGUCGGUGUAGAUCUGGCUCCUAUCAAGCCCAUCCCUAGGUGUAUCACCUUUCAGAGCGAUAUCACUACCGACAAAUGCCGUGCGACCCUCCGGCAACAUCUGAAGACGUGGAAGGCGGACACGGUUCUGCAUGACGGUGCGCCCAACGUCGGUACGGCCUGGGUGCAAGAUGCCUUCACGCAAGCCGAAUUGGUCCUGCAGUCUUUGCGCUUAGCUACGGACUUCCUGCGCGAAGGCGGCAAUUUUGUCACGAAGAUCUUCAGGUCCAAGGAUUACAAUUCCCUGCUCUGGGUAUUCAACCAACUCUUCACCAAGGUUGAGGCGACUAAACCUCCCUCGUCCCGUAACGUAUCUGCAGAAAUCUUUGUUGUCUGCCGCGGUUACAAGGCCCCGAAACGCCUCGAUCCCAAAUUUCUCGAUGCACGUUUCGUCUUCGCCGAGCUCGCUGCUCCCACGCCAAAUAACGAAGCUAAGGUCUUCAACCCCGAAGUUAAGAAGAGAAAGCGUGAGGGUUAUGAGGAGGGCGACUGGACCCAGUUCCAUGAGGCCCCAGUCAGCGAAUUCAUCCAAACUGCAGAUCCCAUCGCGAUGCUUGGCAGCUUAAACAAACUCAGCUUUGAGCAAAAGCCAAAUGGUGAUAUUGCACAAUCCACCAUUGACAAGCUUCCCGAGACUACACAGGAGGUCAGAGACUGCUGCGCAGAUCUAAAAGUUUUGGGCCGAGCAGACUUCAAGCGUUUACUCAGGUGGCGUCUGCGAGUGCGCGAAAUCUUCGGAUUCUCGUCUAAACAGAAAAAGGCCAAAGAAGCUGAACAGGAUGAGGAAGUUGCUGAGAUUGAGCCAAUGGACGAGGAAAUGCAAAUACAGGAAGAGAUGCAAAAGUUGAAAGAGCAAGAAGACUCGAAGAAGAAGAAGGAGAGACGGAAGGAGAAUGAGCGCAAGCAAAAGGAAAUCGUUCGCAUGCAAAUGCAUAUGACCACACCCAUGGAAAUAGGCAUGGAACAACAGGGGCCAAAUGGUGAGGAUGCUAUGUUUGCGCUUAAGACUGUGGAUAAGGCCGGUGCGCUCAACAAGAUCGCAAAGGGCAAGAUGCACACAAUUGUUGAGCAGAAGCCCAAAGAGGGAUACGAAGAGGAGGAUGAGGACAGUGAUCCUGAAGAGGAUGCUCUGGAAAGGGAGCUGGAUGGCAUGUAUGAGAGUUACCAGGAACGCAAAUCUGCGGCCGAUGCAAAGUACCGGGCGAAAAAGGCGCGAAAAGAGCACGAGGAUGGCGAAUGGGAGGGCUUUUCUGACAAGGAAGCGGAGAGCAGCGAUGAGGACGAGGUUAUGGAAGACCAAGACAGCGACUUGUCUUCGGACGAAGAUGAGGACAGUCCGAAGUCCCUGGUCACGGACCUCGCGAAGGAUGGAAAGACCGCGGAUGGCUUAACGAAGCGGGCCGCGAUGUUUUUUGAUCAAGACAUCUUCAAGGGCAUUGAUGGGUUGGAUGGGGACGCCGAUGAGGACAGUGGCAUCGACAUGGAUGGGUCUUCAGCGCCAUCUCCUGAACCGAAUGCCGCGUUGAAGAAGGAGAAGGGAGCAAAGGCUGAGAAGAAACAACAAGCCAAGGUCUCCACCGCGGACAAUGAAGAUGAAUGGUCGUCGGAAGAUGAGAAAGACAACAACAAGUUCGAGGCCGUCAAGCGCGACGAAUCCCAGUGGGAUCAUGACGACGUUCCCAUGAAGGACGGACGCCCGGACAUUGACAUUAUCACGGCCGAAGCCAUGACUCUUGCGCAACAGCUCGCUACUGGAAAGAAGACGAAAGGCGAGUUGCUUGAUGAUAGCUUCCACCGCUACUCACACCGCGACACUGACGGCUUGCCGGAAUGGUUCCUGGAUGACGAGAACAAGCACAGCAAACUCCAACGGCCUAUAACUGCUGCUGCCGCCGCAGCGAUCAAGGAAAAGCAGCGCGCACUCAACGCCCGUCCUAUCAAGAAGGUACAGGAGGCGAAGGCGCGUAAGAAGUUCAAGGCGGCACAAAGGCUGGAGAAGUUGAAGAAGAAGUCGGCGCUGCUAGCGGAUGAGGAAGGCAUGACGGAGAAGGAAAAGGCGCAGUCCAUUGCGAAGUUGAUGAGCAAGGCAGCGAAGAAGAAGCCGAAGAAGAAGGUUGCGGUAGUGGUUGCGCGUGGUGGUAACAGAGGUAUUUCAGGUAGACCGAAGGGUACGAAGGGUAAGUAUAAGAUGGUUGAUGCAAGGCUGAAGAAGGAUGUCCGGGCAGACAAGAGGCUCGCGAAGAAGAAGAAAUAGGUGUGUAGCAUAGCAUAGAGGUAGUACCACGUAUGCAUAUCAAGGAGUUAGGUGUUUACUUAAAACGGCAUGUUUCUAAGAUCUAUACUGG